GCCCGCCGGUUGACAUUUUUAACCGUCAGAUCCCCGGGAUAAUUAUGGAUAUCUUAUAUUUUCUGUGGAUGCUGCCAACGGUAUGGGCUGUGGAAGAAAUACUAAUGGAUUCAACAACUGCCACUGCAGAACUGGGUUGGACCAUCUAUCCAUCACAGGGGUGGGAAGAAGUUAGCGGCUACGAUGAAAACAUGAACACCAUCCGAACUUACCAGGUUUGCAAUGUCUUCGAUAGCAGCCAGAACAACUGGGUACGCACCAAAUACAUCCGCCGUCGUGGUGCUCAGCGGAUCCACGUCCAGAUGAAGUUCUCAGUUCGUGACUGCAGUUCUAUACCCAAUGUUCCAGGCUCUUGCAAAGAAACCUUCAACCUAUACUAUUAUGAGUCUGACUCAGACACUGCUACCAAAUCAUCCCCAUCCUGGAUGGAGAACCCCUGGGUGAAAGUGGACACUAUAGCAGCUGAUGAAAGUUUCUCUCAAGUAGAUCUUGGAGGGCGCAUCAUGAAGAUCAACAGUGAAGUCCGGAGUUUUGGACCUGUUUCACGCAAUGGCUUCUACCUUGCUUUCCAGGAUUAUGGUGCCUGCAUGUCACUCAUUGCUGUUCGAGUCUUCUACAGGAAAUGUCCUGAGGUGAUCCUGAAUGGGGCUAUCUUUACCGAGACCCUGUCUGGAGCAGAGGGCACCUCACUGGUAGCAGCCAGAGGGGUGUGCAUUCCGAAUGGGGAGGAGGUGGAUGUACCCAUUAAGCUGUACUGUAAUGGGGAUGGGGAGUGGAUGGUACCCAUUGGGCGCUGCAUGUGCAAAACCGGGUAUGAAGCGAUGGACAAUGGUACAGUCUGCAGAGCUUGUGCAUCAGGUUUCUUUAAGGCCUCACAGGGAGACCAAAAAUGUCUGCAGUGCCCCAUUAACAGUCGAACCACAAGCGAGGGAGCAACCAACUGUGUCUGCCGCAACAACUACUACCGCUCUGACUCUGACCCUCCGCAGAUGCCCUGUACUAGAGCAAUUCUAGGGUCAGACCUCAAAGGAUACUAA